UUUGACCAUAAUGCCUCCUAAAACAUUAUCAUCACUAAUGAGUUAGAAAAUGCGCAACUUAGUGAGUCUCUCCCUCUGCUAAACCCUAGCCAGUCAGUCUCCUCUCUCAUCUUCUUCUUCAACCUUCACUUUCUCUCUCCUUUUUGCUUCAGAUGCAUUCAAAAAUGGCGAUGCUUACCAAAUCACGAUCCCUUUUCAAAACCCUAAACCCUAACAUCCUCAAAUCAAUCUCAACUUUCUCUCUCCUCAAUCAAGAAGCUCAGCUUGCCGAACAACCGCCACCACCACCGCCGUCGCAAUCUCCGUCGCCUCUUCCGCCGAACCCCUCUUCCGGCAGCCCCAUGUACAACGAGAACUGGCGAAGCCCUAUUCCGUACAAUGGUACUGGAAAUCAAUCGAUAAUUCCAUCUGGGAAUUUCAAUCGAAGCCCUGCUGCUUUUAUUCAAGCGGCUGCGCAGAAGAAGGAUGCUAAUUCGCUUUUGAAUUUGUUUGCUGAUUGGGUUACGACGAAACGAUGGAGAGAUGUGAAGCAUUUGUUUGAGGUUUGGAUCAAAUCGUUGGAUUUUAAUGGGAAGCCUAAUAAGCCGAAUGUGCAAUUGUUUAAUCAUUACUUGAGGGCGCAUUAUAGUGAUGGUGCUACUGCUGCUGACUUGCUUGAUGUGGUUAGUUCUAUGGAGGGUUUCGCUGUCGAACCGAAUACCGCCUCGUUUAAUUUGGUGCUUAAGGCUAUGCAUCAGGGUAGAGAAUAUGAGGCUGCGGAAAAGCUUAUUGAAAGGAUGCUGCAAAGUGGGAAAGAGUCUCAGCCUGAUGAGGAGUCAUAUGUUUUGGUUAUUAGCAUGCUGUUAUCACAAGGCCAGAUUGAUACCGCCUUAAAAUAUAUAGAUCUAACUCUGAAAUCUGGUUAUAUGCUGUCAACAAAGGUUUUUGUUGAUUGUGUCCAAAGCUGUGUUGACAAGAAAAGAUUGGAUAGUUUGGUGACGAUUAUAGAAAAGUGCAAGGCUAUGGACCAAAAUAAAGCUCUGAGCCCCAGCUGGAACUUGUGCAACAAUCUUGCAGAUGUUGCAAUACAGAAUGAUAAUAGCAAGCUGGCCUUUCUAGCUUUAGGAUUUAUGGCUAGAUGGAUUCAACUGGGUGAAAACGGGAGGCCCCCUUUUUUUCACUCUGUUGAUGAAGGAUUAGUUGUUUCUGCCAUUGCUACAGCUGCCCGGACUUACGACUCAACUCUUUUGGAUGCAUCAUGGGCCAUCCUAAAGAGAUCCUUGCGUGAAAGAAAGCCUCCCAAUCCAGAAACCUACUUGGCUAAGAUAAAUGCCCUUGCUUCCCUGGGAAGCUUGCAGAAUGCUUUUAGCACUCUGAAUGAACUUGAAAAAACACAUGGAAGUUCUGCAGGGGAAGAUCUACUGUCACCAUUCACUUCUCUUUAUCCAUUAGUUGUGGCAUGUUCAAAGCAAGGAUUUGAAACUUUAGAUCUGGUGUAUUUUCAACUAGAGAAUUUGAGUCGUGCAGACCCUCCUUACAAAUCUGUUGCUGCCUUAAAUUGUGUAAUUUUGGGCUGUGCAAAUAUAUGGGACCUUGAUCGUGCUUACCAAACAUUUGAAGCAAUAAAUUCAACCUUUGGAUUGGACCCUAAUAUACAUUCAUACAAUGCUUUGAUGUCUGCCUUUGGGAAAUUGAGAAAGACCUUUGAAGCUACAAGGGUAUUUGAACAUCUAUGUAGUCUGGGUGUGAAACCAAAUGCUAUGUCAUAUAGUCUGCUUGUCGAUGCUCACCUCAUCAACCGAGAUCCAAAGGCUGCUCUUACUGUACUUAAUGCAAUGGUGGAAGCUGGUUUUGAACCAUCAAAAGAGACAUUAAAGAAGAUCAAAAGACGAUGCGAUCGAGAGAUGGAUUUUGAUAGCAGUAAUCAAGUAGCAUCUCUUGCCAGGCAGUGCAAAAUCUUUUUGGGCUCUGAUAAUCGAAGGAAUAUUUUGUUUAAUCUGGAGUACGGCACUGAGUAUGCCUCGUAGUCCAUCAUCGUUAAUGCCAAUUGGAAAUUCUUUUUUAAGCAACCAAGUGGCCUUUUUGUUUGUAAAGAAGCAUUUUUAUUGUAUUUUGAGUUUUUGGUUGAGCCUAGGAUUGAGCUCUAUUUAUACUCCCCCUUUUCUUCAUGUACCGAUUUUGUUCCUCUUUUUCUCUGGGACAUUUCAUUGCAGUAAAUUUUUCUAAUUUUGACAGCUUAGGAAUAAUACAAAACUAAUCCUAAAGUUUCAAAUUUUACAAUUCUAAGUUGAGAGUUGUAGUGACUAGUUAUGGAACCCUAGGUCUUCAAUGUAGGGAAAUACCUUAGAGUGGUAAAAUUCCUUCUAGUUACUUCAAAUUUGUAACUUUAUUAUUUUAUUAAUACGAAGUAAUAGUUUAUAAAAUUCAUUGGUAA